AUGGACGCCCUAAAGAGGAGGACAGUUCAAGAAGACAUGGUCCAGUACAAACUAUUCUUAAUCCAAACAGACAGCUCAACUCCUCAGCAGACAGAGGAACGACUCAGACAUCUGGUAGAGGAAAUUGUAGCAAAAGUUGCCCCGCUGUUGACAAAAUACAUCUGGCAGCAUCAGCCAUUUAACCUCAGGUAUCAUCCUGAGAAAGGAGAUGUACCUGGUCACAUUGGAGGCAGCACUCAGUUUGGAGACAACGUUGAGGACGAGUGGUUUAUUGUUUACCUCCUUCAGCUAAUCACUCAGGAUUUUCCAGAUCUUGCAGCAAGAGUUGAAGAUAAUGAUGGAGAGUUUCUUCUGAUCGAAGCUGCAGAUUAUCUUCCCAAGUGGAUAAACCCAGACACCAGUGAAAAUAGGGUCUUUCUUUUUAGGGGAGAUUUGCAUAUCCUUCCUUGUCCCUCCAAAUCCAGCUCAGUGGGAUUCCCACGUGACAAGGUACCCAGUGUGGGGCAAGCUCUAGCACUGCUUUCUUCUCAGACAGAAGCCUGCCGAGCAAGCUCUAAGAUAUGUGCAGCUUUGAAAAAGAGGCUGGAAGGAUACCCAGGGAAGAUUAAAAGUAGCCUCCACCGUGCCCACUGCUUCAUACCUGCAGGUAUUGCCAGUGUGUUGGCACAGCGUCCAGACCUGGUGGCUCCUGCAGUUUCAGCCUUCUACCUCCGUGACCCGGUGGAUCUACAGGCCUGUAGACGCUUCUCAACAUUCAGUCCUGAUACGAAAGUCCUCACCUUGGUGACUUUUACCCGCUGCUUGUAUGCACAGCUGCAGCAGCAAAAUUUCACCCCAGACCAGAAGAGCGGAUUCAACCUGCCUCCUCGCUCACAUCCACAGUACAAGGCUCAUGACCUUGGAAUGAAACUGGCCCAUGGCUUUGAGAUCCUUUGCUCUAAAUGCAGACUGCCAUCUUCAGAGCCAGGCGAAGCAGUCAGUUGUAACCCUCAGUGGAAAGGCUUCAUAGAAAGUCUGAAAAGAAACGGCUACUUUCGGGGAGAGCUGGAAGGUUCAGCCCUGUACAAAGAACUUUUAACAUCAGCAGAAAAUUUCUUCAAACAGUCUGUUGCCACAGAAACCAGCACUCUGUCUCCGGGGGAGGAGGUUCUCCAGCUGCUGCACACCUGCAGUCCGCUCAGUGUGGAGGAGUUAAAGAAACUAGAGUCACAGCUCCCCCAAGAGGAUAGUGACAGCUGGCUGGAUGUCACGGCUCAGGAUUUGGAGCAGCUAUUGCUGGAGAGAAGUGGGGGCAGAGCCGAUGUUUCCGUAAAAACCUCCAGUACCAGCAAGCAGACACAAGAUGUCGCCGAGGCAGAGAAGCAAGGGGAGGAAAUGGAGAAAAACAAGCGGGAAGAAGAAGCCGGUUACAGCUUGAUAGCAGUUAGUCAAGGGAUGAAGAACUUCCUCAACGCCAUGUCGUCCCAUGAGGGGGCUGAGCUCCCCUGGAGCAGUGCAGCACAGCCUUUCAGUAGCAAAAACGAAGAGCUAGAUUCAGAUGAUCUGGAUGAUGAUGAUGAUGAUGAUGAUGAUGAUGAUGAUGAUGACGACGACGACGACGACGACGACGACGACGAAGAAGAUGAGGAGGAGUCAGAAGAAAGAGAGGGGGACUCUUCUGUUCCUGCAGAGACGAGGGGGGCAGGUGCGCUGGAAGACCUCAGAACAUAUAUGGACCAUAUGGAUCAGGAGUUGAUGAGCACUAAUGUUGGACAAAGCUUCAGCCAGAAGAAUCACAGCAAGGUGGACAAAAGCUUCUCUCAUCACCCUGAAAGAGAUGGUCUCACAAAAGAGGAGGGAGUGGAAGAGACUGAAGAGGAAAUCCAACCUUUAGAUGUGGACGUCAAUUUGGUGUCAAACCUGCUGGAGUCUCUCAGCUGCCAGGCAGGGCUGGCCGGCCCUGCUUCUAACCUGCUGCAGAGCCUCGGCAUACAUCUCCCACCCAACUCUGAUCCCUCGUAG